GUACUCUUCAUUUUAAUGGCUGUCAAAUAAAUUUUCUGUCAAAAUAAUCGAUUUAUGCAAAUUACUAUAAUGAUUUAGCAAAGGUAGAUAAAUCAGGUAACCCUAUUUACAAUGGAGGAAUGCAGAGUUGUGCCCCAUGAACAUAGGACAGACUCUGUGUCUGUUUCCUCGAUGAAAGAAUCUGAGCCAUCACCUGACCUGUCCUCAGGAAGCCAGUUGACCCCAGCGAGCAGUAUUGAGGGAGCUAUGCCAGCCAAGACACCAAGACUUAAAGAAGUUUGGGAGGUGUACAUACAGGCUGUGAAAAGUCAGGACAAGUCAGCCAGCAAUGUUGAGAAACAAGCUGCCCUUUUAAACAUACUGUUGCGGCUGUGUGCCCAUGAAAUGAAGCAUGGCACUCUAACCAACUUUGGCGAGAUGCAGAGCGUGUGUAACCAGCUGUGUAGAGAGUUCAUGACAGACAUUCUGCACAUUACGAGUCGAUGUGAGACAGAUGACACGACCCAAUUACAGAAUUACCUCCUUAACGACCGCGGCUGGCUAUUGCUGCAGGUUUUACACAGGAAAGGAGCACAGCACCUGUCUGGAAGUCGAGAUCUGGCCAAUCUGUUGGUGUCACUGUUGCCAUGGUGUCUUAAAUUCCCGCUAAGGAACUCUCAAGAACAAGAAAUAGAUCUUUCUGAGCACACAAGUCUACCCCCCAUUUCUGCCUGCUUUCAAAAUGUUCUCAGUAAUAACAGCUCCAAAAACAGUCAAACAGAAAACCAGUCUGUUCCAGCUGACAGGAAGUCCAGCCAUUCAAGCCAAAGCACAGAUAGGAACUCAAUGGAAAUAUCUAGUGGAAAGAAAAGAAUGUCAAAAAGGAAAUUGCAAGAACAAGAUAGUAAGGAUGCAGAUUAUGAAACUGAGGAGGAAAUUUCAGAAGAAAAGGAAGAGAAAGUCAGAAAAUUGAGAAAAAAGUUUAGAUAUUGUCCUGUUUCGGGUUGCGCUGACAGACAGGCACAAAAUCAGGUUGAUUCAGACUCAGAUGAUGAUGACAUUGGAAAUUUGUUAAAGAUAAUGAAUAUCGAUGAGGAAAAUGUAACAACGGGAUUUCAUCUCUGCUUGCUAAUCCUUAGUAUUUUACGUGAGCUUUGUGUUUGUGAUUUGACCGAAAAUGAAAAUGGAAAGUUUAUCUCCCCUAGUUCUUUGCCUGAAUUGCUUCAGUGUCUAAAUAUAGUGGAUGAUAUGGAUGAAACAGAAGGACAUGCUGAAUGGGAGAAAGAGGCAAAAUGUGUGUUGAAAAUGCACUUGGUCAGGGUUGUCCUGUUGUGUUGUGGAAUUGUGUCUAGUCAUCAAAAUGGCUUGAACAUUCUGAAAGGUCACAGAGUAAUUGAGCAAGUUUUCAACUCUGCACUGAGUAUUGAAUGCCUAAGAGACAAUGCAGCAUUAGAAAAUGUUCUAAAGAAUCACAGCAAUGAAAUGAAACUAAUGUCCGACUGUUCACAAGGAUUAUUACUUUGCAUGACUCUCAUUUUCAAUAACUUGCCAUUUAACCCAAGUUUUACUAAGACCGCAUUGUAUCUGGUGGAAGAAUAUGAUGAUCAGAAAGGAUUCCAGAUGCUUGAGAAAUGUGUUCUUUACAAGGAUUGGUUGAAUUCCCAGUCACAUGACAUAUCACUGAAAGACAAUUGGUUAGAAGAGGAUCCAAUUAAAGUUCUUGGCAUGUUUUUGAGCACACUGAAGGUAGUUAGGGUAAAUUAUGUACAUUCCAUGAAAUGUGUGAAAAGGAAGCAUCAGAAAUGUUCCUAUUCCAAGUACUUUGACCAUCACCAUGAUAUACUUGGAGCAGCAACAGGCUCUCAGGUCAGUGACCUUGAACACUUGACCUUGACCUCUAGAAAACCUUCACUGUCAUCCCAAACCAGCUUUCAGUCACAGUCAAGUCACCAAGUCAUCUGUCUAGUCUCAAGUUGUACACAGUAUCUUCUUGACCUUCUCAUAAAGGUCAAUGCCAAGGUCUCGCAGCUUGACAUUUUGAGAACUGUUUAUUCUUCAGGUAUCUGUUGUUGUAUGAGCCUUGAGUCAGUCAUAUCAGUGUUUGUUAAAGGGCUUGAGAAGUUUUCUCCUGCUGUGAGGACAUACUGUGCAGAUACAAUGAAUAGAAUCAUCCUGGAGCAAUUCUCAGGCAAAGCCAUGCUGAUGUCUUGUGAAGGCCAUCAGGUAAUCUGUUCAUUUUGUGAAGAUUGCUCUUACCAAGAACACUUGGACAAACAUAGGUCUAAGUACUUGUACAGGGAGACAGCUGCUUGUUUAGAUAGAGCUCUUGACAGUGGGAUAGAUAGCAGUGAUAUAAACAGUGACAUAAAGUUGUCAGCUCUGUACAAGAUCUCAAAAUGGAGACCCAUUUCUAACCUGAAGUCUCUACUUUUCUCAGACAAUGAAGCUUUAGCCACAUCUGUUGCAAAACAUCUUUUAGUGCUUGCAAUUAAAGGAAAUCCAUUUUUGAAAGCCGAGUUGUUUUUUGGCCUGUAUAUUUUUGCAAUGGAGGCUUCAGCAAAAAGGGAGACAACCCCUUCAGGAGACUCAGUAGGUCAUGUACUAUCUAGGUCAGUUCAGAUUCAUUGCCUAUCUGCCUUGCCUUUUCUGCUGCAAGCCAACUGUGUGACAAAAGUGUUCUUGUCAAAGAAAGGAGUAAGGAAACUGUGUGAAUUGCUGGAAGAUGAUGUUCUUAGAGCGCCUGUGCUGAGAAUAUUUGAAGCAUUGGUCAUUAUUGAUGAAUACCAGUUUAGAGAUUCACAGUUGGCUCUUCAGAGUGACUGCCCUUGUCCAUACAAGGGUGGCAGAGUUAUUGAUGCCUUCAUUUCUGAACUUUCCAAACUGUCCUUCAGUGACGCUGAAAUGUAUGUUGAUGACAGUGAAACUCCUCUCAAAAGCAGAAUUAGGAGAGAUAGUGUGGUGCUGUCCAAAUUUUCAUUGGUCGUUUUAGUCGAUUUAUGGAGUACUUGUGCAAAACUGUGCCUCCAUAGCAAUGUGUUUGUGGCACAGUUUAAAAAGUCCCAAAGUCCUUCCAAAACAGAAGGUCUAUUAAUAGAAACACUAGACAUCAUCAUGAGCCCGGAUCUGAUUGGUCAGCUGAAGUCACAUGGUAGCAUUGAAGCAGAGGAUUCUGGGAUGGAAGGGGACACAACUGGAGAUGUUGAGAAAGACCAGCAGGCUAAUUUCUCCAUGAGAGUUGCCCUCCUUGAAUCUCUGAUGGCAGUCAUUGGGGCUGUGGCAAGGACAAGGGAAGUUGAUUAUCCAUACAUGAUGGUUUGGCACAAGGUUAAAGAACGAUUCAGCCAACCACUGAGGUUACAGUCCACUAAAUUGAAGACCAUUUUAGAUGCCUUUUUGACUGCCGCCAUGCCACAGUACAAGCCUCUACUGGAAUAUUCCUUCAGCAAGAACAUUGCUCUUGUGUAUACCGGUGAUGACGACAUCUAUGAUGAAGACGAGGUUCGACACCUGCUUCAGUCCGGCAGUGAUGAAGACGCCAGUGUACAGACAGAUCUUGGAUAUGACGCUGACAGUGAGGAUACACAUGUGGGUGACAGUGAAAAAGAGCGGCGCUUACAGUGCCUGGCAAGAUGUGGAGGCCAACAGCGAAUGUAUUUCCCGGGCAACAUGAGCAUGCUGACAGACUGCCUAUUGCUGCUACACAGGGGGUGUGACUGGGAGGGCGUGGUCUCCUCAGUGUUGAACAGGCUCCUACAGUGUGUUCAGAUGGACUCACAGCUGGCAAAGACACUGUGUCAACAGAAUGUUUUGUCAGCCAUUCUUGCUCCGGACGGGUUUUGGAACUGUCUGCUGAGCUCAGAUACUGAAGCCUCAUUGCAAGAAGUUCUAUUGGCUCUUAUUGAACAGCUAGGUCAACAUAACCUUGAGUCACAUGACCUUCAGAGGAUCCUGCAGCUUUUCCAACAUUCAGACUUACCCAUGGAGAAGCUUCUCCCAAUAUUCCUGACAAUUGUCCAGAAGGCUGAAGUAAAGUCCCAGCACUCCGUCACCUUUCCUGCACGUGCACAAGCCACCAAGAAAGACCCACAUGAGGACUUGUUGGAGAGUGGUGCGCAGGAAGCCAUCAUGCUCAGCCCGCUCAUUAAAACCAUGAAAAAUGUCUUUCUGAUUGCCACUCCUCAUGCUGAUGGUGCAGGGGAAGUAAGCAGUUUGGAGCAGGAGGUGUGGUCACAAUGUGCGAUCAAGUGUAACCUGCAUGAGUCCCUGUCCUGGCCACCAUUUCAGACAGGCUUCACUCUGGCCCUGUGGCUGUGUAUGGACAAUAAGGGCUACACUCACUGUGGACCCAGGGUCCCUCUGUAUGACCUUGACAUUGGAGGCCUGAAGAUGUGUGGUUCUGAGGUGAAGGUGAGUUCAGAGCACAUGAGUGGGUGUGUACAUGUCAUCUCCAUGGGAACCAGAGAAAAACUGCUUGAGAUUUGGACAGAAACAUUCUCAGGCUCUCUCAUAUUCAGACUAACAAGUGAGUGCAGCGAUAUGGGGCUAGUUGUGAAAGAAUCCAAGUUGUCUGGAGUGAUCUCCCCUGGAAAAUGGCAGCACGUGGUCAUCAGCUACAUAGAAGAGUUGGAUGGGUCCACUCUCACUGGAAAGGUGAAUAUGGUGCUAGAUGGAUGGCAGAGCCACAGUUUCAUCCUAGAUCACCCAUUUGCUGCUAUCCGAUCCCGGCACAAGUCAAGACAGUUACCCCCCUUCCUGCUGCUGGGCCACACAGUUCCUGACCCUCUUACUGCCGGGCUGGGCAACUGGAAUCUUGGACAACUCCUGCUCUUCAAAGGAUCUGAUGUGAGCAAGGAGCUAUGUUUCCACCUGUACACACUGGGCCCCAAUAUCCAGUCUAUUCUAAAGUGUGAUAUGAACCAGGACGAUGCCUUGUUCUCCCCAUACCUCACCAAGAACGUGGUUGUCCACUCCGGUAUACAGGUGGACACCUUGGUGGGACACAGGUCACACAGUCUUAAUAAACUCAGGCAAGCGCUUCUGUACUCAUAUGACCCAAGAAAAAGUACAGGAAUGGCGGAAUACCAGGUGAUGCAGAAACCCACACAGUUGCCUAGCAACAGUCUCUAUGCACCAGAUGACCUCUUGACCCAGCAGGCCAAGGUCAUAACCCCAGUGUGUCAAGGUCAUCUCAGUAACAACAGCUGCACUGACCUUGAAAAGGCAAUAGAGGGAUCUGGUGGCAUGGCAGCCAUCUUAUUCCUUGUAGCAAAGGUGUUUGAGAGAUGCCCAGAGUCCAUGCCAUUUGAUGAAGCACAACAGGUGCAGUCAUUGGCCCUGAAGGUCUUACUGACCACUGUCCACCACUCAUCCAGGCUCCAGGGCCGGUAUACCAGUAUCGGGGGGCAUGAACUGUUGGUGAAGAUUCUCACCAGCUCUCGCAGUGUGCCUGGCGUCCAAACACUGAAGGUCCUGAUGGAUGCAGCGACCACUGAGUCUAUCUUCAAGUGUCAACCAAACUCCACGCAACUUGCCCUGAAGCACAAAACAGACACUGUAAUACGUGACAUCUCAAUCAUUGAGCACCUUGUGCUGGACUGGCACAUCUGGGAGAGGUGUCUACCAGGCGUGAUUGAGCUGCUGUUUGCUGGCAUAGCAAUGCUGGUGGUAGAGGAACACCCCUACCAUGCCUAUAACAUCAAACAGUACCAUGCUAUCAAUAUUGUGGGAAAGAUAUUUAAGAUUUACCAGGAGAGGAUCCAGGAGGGUUUCCCAGCCCUGCCAAUCGCAGUGAGCCAGAGUGUGAUCACCAUCGUGCAAAACCUCUCUGGCUCCCCUCCCGAUUUCCAUCUCAUUCAGGAGAUCUGCCACUUUCUGUUGCUUGUUCAUCCAGCAGCUAACACCUAUAUCAGCCAUUCAAGAUCCGCCUUUUACAUGUGCUUGCCCUGGGCACAGGCCGUAUCACCGCUGACAAAGUUGAGGAUGGGCCCUGGUAGUUUUGGGCCAUUUCAGGGUAGCCCUGGGGCUUUUAGUUCUCCUGUGAAAAUUUCUUUGGCUUCUGGUGAUAAUGAGAUGCAGAAAGAACAAGUAAUCAAGAAAAACUUGUCGGACAACUUUAUACAAGAGGUUCAGGGCAGUGGCCUGAGGUAUCCAGAUCUUGAAAUAUCUUACAGAGCUGCAUCUCCCAAAAUUAAAAACCCAAAGAAGUCUGAUUCUACAUCUAUAAUGGACCCACUGACUUCAGGAAUACAAAUGAAAGAUAGCAAACCAGGCAAAGAAACUACUGAAGGAUCUGAUAAGGCUGAUCAAGGUGAUGAAAAGGAAACUCAAAAUGACAACAGCAGUGUAGCUGUUUUGGAAAUGGACAAAUUAGGUGCUACCGAAAAUAAAACCAGUAUUAUUAAAGCUGAAAAUAUCCAGCAGACAUUUGACCAAGACAAAACAAACAAUGCUGCAUUAACAGUUGAUCCUGAUAUAGAGAAAGAUGAUACUGAAGAAGAAGACAGUGAAAAUACUAAGCUAGAUAGUGAAAAACUUAGAUUAGACAGUAAAAAGCUAAAGCUCGAAACUGAUAAACUGGAAAUACAUAAUGUUGCAUCGGCAGAGAGCCUCAAACUGUCUCCGUUGAUUCCGGAGAAUUUUGAAAGCCUCUAUAAAAGGAAUGAGUCUGGUGAGGAUGAAAAUAAUGUCUCCAUAGUUCUGGAGGAGGGCGAUGACGAUGGAGAGGAGGAUGUGAAUGAGGCCCUGGCAGACCAGGGUGAUGACAGCCCAGAAGAAUCAGGAUACUCUGAAGAUACAGCCUCUAGGGACAACCUGUCCCUAAACUUUGAUGAAGAGAAUACAGAGAUUGUCAGACAGGAGGAGGGCCUCAUAGCUCUCUGUGUUGAGUUGUUACGUCACUUGGGCAGCCUCAUUCAGAUUAUGCCUGAUGUUCUGGUAGAGAAAACCUUCCACAGGUCUCUCAUCAAUGGCCCAGUCUUCAUUGUCCUUGCCCAGAACAGCUCGGCGGAAAUCAGGCAAUCUGUCAUACAGGUGAUAGCAGCCUAUUUGCACCGCUGUUCCCCUGCAGAGCAGGAGUCUUUUAUGAAGCAUGAGGGUUUCCAUCUUCUGUCCGCCCAGAUGUACCAGUACCCCACACACACUGCACAGCUGGAGGCGGCCAUGUCUGUUGUUCUUCACAGGAUAUUCAACAUUGAUGAUGGACUUCAUCCAGAAGAAACCCUUGAUGACCUUAGCAGAGUUCAGCAAGCUGCCAUCCCACUGGUCCUUGCAUUGCUAGGCAACAGCACAGGUGACCUUGCCCUCUGCCACAACUCCCUACAGUGCUGCUGUGCUCUGUUCGAGAGGUCAGAGGUUGUUGCCUUGGUGAUGAUGGAACAAGGCCUCAUAGAAGUGCUGUGUUCAAUGCUUGUCAAGUUACUAAAAUCUGGAUCCAGGUGUACAGAUGUAGAGGGUGCAGAUGAGAGUGACAUUCUCUUUGAAGACCUGCAGAUAUUCUUUAGGAUUCUAGCAUUAAGGGAGUUCAGUGCAAGUGGGGAUGAGCACUAUCGCCAGUUUGAAGACAUCAUAUAUCUCCUCCAAGACAUUGAAAACACUGAAGCUUUGUUAAAUGGUGUAGAAUCAAGAGGCACUCGCAUGGUCCGGCAUGUCCAGUAUGUGAUACUGGUCGCCAUUCUGGAGCUAGUGGAGCGUGCCAGUGAGGAGGCCUCACAGACGUUCAGUAUCUUCACCAAGUCGACCAGCGCCCCUAGGCUUACCUCCAGUAUAAGCACAAACUAUGGUUCACGACCCAUUGUUCCACCCCAUCGCACACUUACCUCAUCUCCACACAACUUCUCCGUUAGCGGCAGUUUUGGGAAAUUCCCGUUUAGAAAGCGUUCCAGUGGUUACUAUGUUAAAACAGAUGCCCCAUUUGGGAUGGAGAACUUGGGCACUAGUGGAUCUGGGGCGGAAAGCGAUAGUUCCCAGGACUCUCUACACUCUGGGAGUGUACACAAAGUGAACGUACCUGUACGGAAACAUGGAUAUGGAAGAACAUUGUCCCUGGAGAUGAGCCUCGGAAAGUCGCCAAAAAGUAGUUCCCUUCUACAAACCAUGUUUAGUCAUAUAAAGAGGAAGAAGCAUGAGCUGAAACCGCUGAAUCAGAAUGAGCUGAUAGAGAGACUGAAGAGGAUAAUAGCUCUCACUGUGGAAACGGCAGUGUAUACUGAACGGAAGGUGAAAGAGAUGCGCCACAUUAUCCAUCUACUGGAGCCUAUGUCACCCGCGGAGAGUGCCGAGUGGAACUUCAUGAGGAGACUGAUAACCUUCACCUACAGGGCACUGGAGGCAACACUGACACAGGAGAAGAGUUUUGGUGGGAAGAAAGCCAAGAACUUAAUCAUGUGGGGAGCCAAGGAUGUACUCAGAGUUCAGCUGGGAAGACUGGUAAGUCUGAUGCUGUCCAACCGUGUGGGGCUAGACCAGCGUGUGUUUACCCUGUCCUUCCUGACCGGGGAGCAACGAGGCAUGGAAAUACUCAACCUCAUCAUCCAGUACCAGGAUCUGGGUAAUGACCUAGGGUACCACAUCCAUGACCUGAUCCGUAACUGCCGAGCCAACCUGUCCAGCCAGCAGAUCGAGGAUGGCUCACGCCUUAUCAACCAUCUGACCAGUGCCAGGUGUGAGGUCAUCUCUCCAAGGGCUGAACUCACAUCUGUGGAAAGAGAAAGAAUACAGGAGAGGAAGAGGCAAAUAGAGGAGAGACUGGAAAACCAGAGAAAAACCUGGACUGAGAGAAAGAAAAUGGCACUCGAGAAAAGGAUAUACAAAAAGUUUGAUGACCUUGCGAGUCACCUAAGAGACGGUGCCAUGGAGAUGACCCAGACAGUGACUCAGUUACAGACAAGCCUGCGGAACGGGUUCAUAACCCACAUCAAACAGAACAAGACAGCCAGCAUCCAGGUGAAGAAACAGUGGCAGGAGAUUGUACAGAACCUCACACAUGAAAGGGCUCUGUGGUAUGAUGCGAAGUCUUACCCCAAGUCCUGGCAGCUUGACCCAACUGAGGGCCCCUGCAGGGUCAGAAAGAGGCUCCAGAGGGGACAUCUUGGCAUUCUUCCGAAAUUCAUCAAGAAACAGUUCCAAUAUAAAUUAGCCUCUGAGACUGUGGACCCUCCCCUGAUAUACCUGUUUGAAGAUGACCACCAGGUGUCCGACUCAGCAGCACUCAUCUACCAAAUACACAGGAACAAGAAAAUCAGGUUCACGUCCACCUGUAGAGCAGUGUCUCCGGUAGGGGAGAGCAAGGGGGAACUCCUUAUUGGGGAGGACAGCGUGUUCUUUGUGGCAGAUGAGGCCAUCUCAGACGCUAACUACACACAGGUGUUGCUAGGUAACAAGGACCAGUUGUCCAUGACUUGGCCAUUUGAGGACAUCCUGGAAGUCCAGAAGCGCUGGUACGAGCUCACAGACACUGGCAUUGAGAUUUUCCUCACCAAUGGGAAGACAUGCCUGCUCGCUCUUCGGUCAAGCAGAGAGAGGGAUGAAUUGUUCCAGCGUCUUCUUAUGCUGGAGCUACCAAACAGACGCAGCCCCAUGAACAUUAUGGAUGCCUUGGACAGCUGGGAAAAUCGAUCCAGCACAAACUUUGAGUAUCUUACUGAGUUGAACAAGCUUGCUGGACGAUCCUUCAAUGAUCUCAUGCAGUAUCCCAUAAUGCCGUUUAUUUUGAAGGAUUACACGAGUCCAAGUAUAGAUCUGAGGGACAUUUCCGUGUACAGGGACCUUUCCAAGCCUGUCUCUGUACAAGAUCCCAAGAACGAACAGAAGUUCAAGAUGAAUUAUGAGAUCUUGAAAGGAGAGUUUGAUCGUUUUGGUCAGGAGGGAAUGACAGGUCUGCGUGUGGCCCCAUACCACUACGGCAGCCAUUACUCCAACAGCGGCAGCGUGCUUCAUUUCCUUGUCAGGCUGCCACCAUUCACCAAAAUGUUUCUCGGAUUCCAGGACCAGAGUUUUGACAUUCCGGAUCGCACAUUUCAUAACAUGCACACAUCAUGGCGUCUAUCCAGCGCUGAAUCCAACACCGACGUCAAGGAGUUGAUACCUGAAUUCUUCUUCUUUCAUGAAUUCCUUAUAAACUCGGAAGAGUUUGACUUUGGGAGUCGUCAGAAUGGGGAAGCAGUGAACAAUGUGGUACUGCCCCCGUGGUGCGGAAACAACGCCCGACUAUUCACCCUUAUACACCGACAAGCCCUGGAGUCGGAGCACGUCAUGGAGCACAUCUGUGGCUGGAUCGACCUUGUGCUUGGGUACAAGCAGACUGGAGAUGCAGCUGUCAGGGCUGUGAACGUCUUCCAUCCGGCAACCUACUUUGGCCUGGACGUGAGCAGUGUUAAAAACACACUGGACCGUAAGGCCAUACAGACUAUGGUUCGAACAUACGGACAGACGCCCAAACAGCUGUUUAAACUGCCACACCCCAGACCAAAGGUCGACUUGAACAGACUUGAGAGGCAAAAGGAGGGCUUCAAGAUGAAAACUGUCCAGGUGGCAGGGCUAAAGUGGGGCACCUACCUGGGCUCUCCGGACUGUCCUGAACCUGUAUCGACCUGGGAUCAAAUAUAUGAUUCCCCCGUUGGGAGUCUAAUUGCCCUGCCUGGGACCCCCGGGGAUGUUGUAUUUGGGAUCAGCCCUCAGAGUUGUCUCCUCGUUCAGCAGAGCCAGGAUAAGAAUGGAGUAGUGGUAUCAGAAACCAAAACUGAUGUGACUUGGGCAGCCAUAUUAACUUGGAGUCGGCAAGAUGGACUGGUUCGAAUCAUCAAAGACUCCAGCAGGGCAGCCAUCAACUGUAUUAUGUACAACCAGUCUGAUGAGAUAAGUUGCUGCGUGUCGGUGGCUGACUGUCGGCACUUGUUUAUCGGAGGGUCGUCUGGUGUAAUCUCAGCAUACAGGACCAGACAUAACAAGGCCAGGGAGAGUGAACUUCAGGUGUUUGGCCACCCACGAUGCUUGUAUGGACACACGGACAGGGUGACCAGUUUGGUUGUGUGUAGACCUUACAGUGUACUGGUCAGCUGUAGCCAGGAUGGGACCUGUAUCAUCUGGGACCUCAACAGGUUGUCAUAUGUCCGAUCCAUCAGAAGCCAUAAGUCAGCUGUGAAGGCUCUUGCUAUCAGUAAUACAUUAGGAGAUAUUGCCAGUGUCAGUUCCCAAGGUAUGGGCAGCCAGCUGUUUCUUCACACCAUCAAUGCAGAAGAGGUUGCCAUGGUUACCUGUGAAGACACCAUCAAUUGUUUGGCUUACUCUGGUGCUCCUGAAGGGACUUCUAUCAAUGUUGUAGCUGGGGGGCUGAGCUCUGGGCUUAUCAGGUUGUGGAGCAGCUGGGAUCUAACCCCUGUACGUGACCUUUGUCACAAGCAGCUCAGUGGGGAAAUUAUAAGUCUGACAUUCACAACAGACUCGCAGAAGCUGUAUGCCUCCAGUACCGAUGGCCGUGUCAUGCUAUGGGAAAAUACUGGCCAGUCAAGACCUAGAAAUCGGUUUAGACCAUACCUCUUCCCUGACACCUAGAUAUAGAAAUCAAUUUCAGAUAUAUCACACUCCUGAAAACCAGAUCUAGGAACCAAUUAAGUUUUUUCUUCUUGUCAGCUAUAUCUAGAAACAAUGCAAACCCUUGCUCUUCCUUGAUAAUAGUUUUUUAUACCCCCCAAAACAAAGUUUGGGGGGGUAUACUGGAAUCGGGUUGUCCGUCUGUCUGUCCGUCCGUUUUUUUUUUUGUCCGGGAUUCAUCUUUGUCGUUAUUGAACAAAUCUUUUUCAAACUUUCAGAUAUUAAUGGCCAUGAUGUAAACUUGGGCCUCUGUGAAAUUGGUACGGGUCACAUGACCCUGACCAGAGUUAUCUCCCCUUGAUGUGUUAAAGUAGGCAAAAUAAGCCCUGUCCGGGAUUCAUCUUUGUUAUUAUUCAACAAAUCUUUAUCAAACUUUCAGAAAUUAAUGGCCAUGUUGUAAACUUUCGCCUCUGUGAAUUUGGUACAGGUCACAUGACCCUGACUGGAGUUAUCUCCCCUUGAUGUGUUAAAGUAGGCAAAAUAAGCCCUGUCCGGGAUUCAUCUUUGUUAUUAUUCAACAAAUCUUUAUCAAACUUUCAGAAAUUAAUGGCCAUGUUGUAAACUUUCGCCUCUGUGAAUUUGGUACAGGUAACAUGACCCUGACUGGAGUUAUCUCCCCUUGUAGGCAAAAUUAGCUUUGUCCGGCCUAACUCCAGGGCAAACAACCUAGACAUGGAGGGGUGGGGGGUAUUCGUUAGCCUAUGGCUUACAGUUCUAGUAUGUACAUGUAUCUGUCCUGACAACUAGGUUUAGGAACUGAUUAAGUCAGAACCUCUUACCUGACAUUUUUAUCUGGGCACCGAUUAAACCUUCCCUUUUCCAUGACAACUAGAUUUAGGAAACAGUUUUCAUCUCUUCCUGAACACCUACAUCAAAAAGCAGAUUAAGGCCAUACGUCUUCUCAGAUAACUUGUUCUAGAACCUGAUUUAGACCAUAUCUCUACAUGGACAACUUGGUCUAGGAGCAGAGUUAGAACAUAUUUCUACUUGGACAACUUGGUCUAGGAGCAGAGUUAGAACAUAUUUCUACUUGGACAACUUGGUCUAGGAGCAGAGUUAGAACAUAUUUCUUUCUUGACAACUAUGUCUAGGAGCCGAUUAAGGCCAUAUUUCCUCCUGGGCAAUUAUAUAUUGGACUUGCUGUAGACCAUACAUCUUCCUGGACAACAAGGUCUAGAAAGGAUUUAGACCAUAUCCGUAAUCCCUUUCUGACUACCAGGUCUAUAACCGGGUAAUACCUAACCUAUUCCUGGAGCUGAUGAAGACUGAAUCCAGAUUUCCAAAUGCUGUUUUACCGGAAACAAAGGAUUUUUCAUUGUCUUUAGGGAGGAAAUGUCAUUUUCAAAGUGUUUCCAAAUGCUGUUUUACCGGAAACAAAGGAUUUUUCAUUGUCUUUAGGGAGGAAAUGUCAUUUUCAAAGUGUAAUUUAUUUUUAUAUUCAUUUUGCAUUAGUUCCGAUAUUUGCAAACCUACAAUUUAAAGUGAACACACAGAUAUCAGAGUGCAAUUGAUUAUCAUUUACAUAGUUAUAUCCCUCUGAAAAUGUGUUUGCAAAAAAGAAUGCAUAAAAACCUCUUGCCAGUUAUUUUUUGUUAAUUGUUAAUAUAAAAUACCAUGGUAUAGUUUUAUUUAUUUUUUUAUGUGUUGUUUAUAUUUAUAUGUAUUUAUACCCUAAUAUUUUAAGUGUCAAAUUGUUAUUAAAACCUUCAGUGUUGUUUGUUUUGUCUGUUUGCAAUACUCUUCACUGUGUAUCACCUAAUCCUAAAUGCUUCAUUGGGAUAUAUUAAAAACCAUAUUGUAUCUGAAUAUACUGUCAUUUUGAUUGCACUGGAAAUUUGUUGAUUAUUAUAACAUAACUGCCUGUGUUUUUAUAUGUAAAAUUAUGUUUUUUGGUCUUCUUUAUUUUUUUUCUCAGUCUGUAUGUAAUUGAUAAUAUUCAGAAUCCGAAAAAUCCAAAAUCCUGGCAUUGACAAAAUGUAAAAAAAAAAAACAUGUCAAAGUCAUGUUGUAAUUUUGAUACUUUUACUUAUACUUAUCAUAUAUAAGAAUUAUGUUUGAUGACUCCUAUGUUGAGAAUUAUUUCUGUUAUGCACUAACCCUAGCCUACAUUCACUUGUGAUAUACCUGUACACUAUGUUAUGCAAUGUUCCUCAACUGUGCCAUUUUAUCAUGUUUCUGUUGUCAAUAACGUUUCUGUUUUCAUUUUUGUAACUGUUGUAAAUAACAUUUAUGUAGUCACAAUUUUCAACAUGAAAACAACAUUGUUUGACUAAUAAUUUUGUCCUUUCUCACUUUUAUCAGUUUUAUGGUGGUCAUUAGGCAUAACAACUGCAAUAAUGAUAAGGUUGGUAGAUCAGGUACUUCUUUUCUGAGGGUGUGUUGGGGGCUGUUGUAAAUCAAGUGUCUGCAUGUCUUUUUCAUAUUCGAAACAAUCACUAUUUUGUCUUUGCCAAUGUUGACUAGAUCGCAAGCUCUAGUGCUCUUUAAAAUGGCGCAAUCGCCGGUACAAAAGCCUACUGAAAACUUAUACCUUAUCAACAUGGAAAAACAUGUACUACUGGCUAAACCUGGCUAAAUGAGUGUGGAUUUAUUGUUGUUUUUAUGUUCUAUUUAUAUGUGAACUGUUUAAGGAUUUAAAAUUAACAAUAUUCAAGUCUUGUUAUGAUUUUUUUUUUAAAUGUUUGCAGAUAUAAAUUAUUCAUAAGUU